AUGAAGCUUUUAUUGACAAUCACCUUUUUUAUUUUAAUUUCUUUGUGGGUUGAAGAAGCAUAUUCUAAAGAGAAGUCUUCAAAGAAAGGGAAAGGGAAAAAGAAGCAGUAUCUGUGCCCUUCUCAGCAGUCAGCAGAAGACCUCGCAAGAGUCCCUGCUAACUCCACCAGCAACAUCUUGAACAGGCUGUUAGUCAGUUAUGACCCCCGGAUAAGACCAAAUUUCAAAGGCAUUCCUGUUGAUGUAGUAGUCAACAUUUUUAUUAACAGUUUUGGAUCCAUUCAAGAGACAACAAUGGACUACAGAGUUAAUAUCUUCUUGAGACAAAAAUGGAAUGACCCAAGGCUAAAGCUCCCUAGUGACUUCAGGGGCUCAGAUGCACUGACAGUGGAUCCUACAAUGUACAAGUGUUUAUGGAAACCUGAUUUAUUCUUUGCAAAUGAAAAAAGUGCCAAUUUCCAUGAUGUAACUCAGGAAAAUAUCCUUCUCUUUAUUUUUCGGGAUGGAGAUGUCCUUGUCAGCAUGAGGUUAUCCAUUACUCUUUCAUGCCCUUUGGAUUUGACUUUAUUCCCUAUGGACACACAGCGUUGUAAGAUGCAACUGGAGAGCUUUGGUUAUACAACUGAUGAUUUGCGAUUUAUCUGGCAGUCAGGGGAUCCUGUUCAGUUAGAAAAAAUUGCCUUGCCUCAAUUUGACAUCAAAAAGGAGGAUAUUGAAUAUGGCAACUGCACAAAGUACUACAAAGGAACUGGCUACUACACGUGUGUAGAGGUCAUCUUCACCCUGAGGAGACAGGUCGGCUUCUACAUGAUGGGUGUCUAUGCUCCAACUUUGCUGAUUGUGGUUCUCUCCUGGCUGUCCUUCUGGAUCAAUCCAGACGCCAGUGCUGCCAGAGUGCCCCUGGGCAUUUUCUCCGUGCUCAGCUUGGCCUCUGAGUGCACCACCCUGGCUGCUGAGCUUCCCAAAGUGUCCUAUGUAAAGGCCCUUGAUGUGUGGCUCAUUGCUUGCCUUCUCUUCGGGUUUGCCUCCCUGGUGGAGUAUGCUGUUGUCCAAGUGAUGCUGAACAACCCCAAAAGAGUGGAAGCAGAAAAGGCCAGGAUUGCUAAGGCGGAGCAAGCAGAUGGAAAGGGUGGAAAUGCAGCUAAAAAGAACACUGUGAAUGGCACGGGGACUCCUGUUCACAUUAGCACUUUGCAGGUUGGUGAGACGAGAUGCAAAAAGGUUUGUACUUCUAAGUCUGAUUUGAGAUCUAAUGACUUCAGCAUAGUUGGAAGCUUACCAAGAGAUUUUGAAUUAUCCAAUUAUGAUUGCUAUGGAAAACCUAUUGAAGUCAACAAUGGACUUGGGAAAUCCCAGGCAAAGAACAAUAAGAAGCCUCCCCCUGCCAAGCCUGUCAUCCCAACAGCAGCAAAGAGAAUCGAUCUGUAUGCAAGAGCAUUAUUUCCUUUCUGCUUCUUGUUCUUCAAUGUUAUAUAUUGGUCUAUAUAUUUAUGA